CCGUCUGUCAAUUACCGACCAUUUUAGACGCAGCGCCGCCUGGUUGUCCCGGGCUGGAGGCGCUUCGGCUUUCCAGUCUGGAUCGUUAAUUGCUGCUGCAAAAAGGAGGAGAGGCGAAGAUAAAAAGUUUCAGUCUCUGCUUCCCUGGAAUACUUCCUGUUCUUCUGUCUGGCAAGAUGGAACUUCCUCAGGUGGCAUUUGAAGAGGUUGCUGUGUAUUUCACAGAUCAGGAGUGGGCCUUGCUAAAUGUUGGUGACAAAGUCCUCUACAAGGAUGUCAUGCAGGAGAAUUUUGAACACGUGAUGUCAUUGGGCAUCCUUCUUGCUCUGAAAGAAAGCAAAAUCGCGCCUUGUCUACUUUUGGUAACACCCUAUUCUAGCUCUCUGGCUUUUCACCAGGUCUCAUUUGAGGAGGUGGCCAUGCAUUUUUCUGAGCAAGAGUGGGCAUUGCUGAAUGUGAACGAAAAAGCCCUCUACAAGGAUGUCAUGCAGGAAAACUAUAAGCAUGUAUUGUCCCUGGGUCAACUGCAAAGUUUAUUGAUAUUCCUCAGCAGACGUGUCCAUCCAAAAACUUCCUUUGCAGGAGACAUUUCUCAACCAGGAAGCCCCACUACCACAACACCAUUUGGAAGAUUGCUGGGUCAUUUACAAGCCACGGACUCCCUGAACUCUGACCUUCAUUACCACAGAGAGGAACUCCAAGAGGAGAAUCAGAUCGUGCUGGGAAGAUUUGAUGAAACUGUUCCUUCAAGAAGAAACAUCCAGGCCCCAGAAGGCCCUCCGGCUGAUGUAGGAGAAAGAAAAGAUUCUUGCCUCAAAUGUGGGAAAACUUUCUGUCACAAAUCGGCGCUCACCGCUCACCUGAGGAUCCACACUGGAGAAAAGCCAUAUCACUGCCAAGAGUGUGGGAAAAGCUUUAACCAAAGCUCGGCCCUCACUCAACACCAGAGGAUCCACACUGGAGAGAAGCCCUACGCCUGCGUCAGUUGCGGCAAAAGAUUCAGUCAGAGCUCUGCUCUGACCCAACACCAGAGGAUCCACACCGGGGAGAGGGCGUACACCUGCCUCGACUGCGGGAAGAGCUUCAUCUACCAGUCAGCUCUGAUUCGGCAUCGGCGAAUCCACACGGGAGAGAAAUGCUACAUGUGUCCUGAUUGUGGAAAAGGUUUCAACCAAAGCUCCAACCUUAUUACGCACCGGAAAAUUCAUAAAGGCGUGGAAGGUAAUGGAACAGCCUAUGGGAAUGGCAAAAAGAGUGCUGAGCUUGAAAAACGUGUGCAAUUAGAACCGCAUAGCAACACUUAUAGGACAUUCCAGCAAGUUUGUCCUCAGAGUUCUCCUUUGGAAAAAUGCCUUUUGGACUGGAAAAUUUCCAAGAGAAACCCUUCAGAUCAGGCCCAGGAAGCACCUGUGUCUAGCACGGGAAGUGUGAUAUCUCAGAAGGACACUGUAAGAAAAGUAGGCAUUCCUAGGGUGAAACGGCCACUUAUCUGUCACGUCUGUGGAAAGAACUUCAGGUACAGCUCCCAUCUGGUCAACCACCAGCGGAUCCAUACAGGAGAGAAGCCUUACCACUGCACAGACUGUGGGAAAAAUUUCAUUCAGAACUCGGCGCUCAAAAGGCACCAAAGGAGUCACCGAGGUGACAGGCCCUAUCGGUGCUCAGAUUGCGGGAAAAGCUUUAGUCGGAAUGCCCAUUUGGCGAAACACCAAGGGAUUCACACUGGGUUAAAACCGUACGAGUGCCUGGACUGUGGGAAGAAAUUCAGUGUGAAGAUGAACCUUGUGAUCCACCAGCGGAUUCACACAGGAGAAAAACCGUACAUUUGCUUGGAAUGUGGGAAAAGCUUUAGCCAAAGGGCUCAUUUCAUUAUCCACCGGAGAAUUCACACGGGGGAGAAACCUUAUGAAUGUCCCGACUGUGGGAGAGCCUUCCGUGUGAGCUCACACUUGGUUACACAUCAGAAGAUCCAUAUGGCAAAGGCUUCUUUCAUAUGUCCUGACUGUGGGAAAAGUUUUAAUGGGAGCAAACAGUUCGUUCAGCAUAAGAGGUGUCACACCACUGGAGAAAACAGGCCCCUGCCAAAUUCAGGGGUAACUAUUAAGUUUCAAGAUCUGAUUGAAGCUCCUCCCACAGUGAGGACAAUAGUAGGGCUUUUCCCAGGUGUGGCUCUUCUGGUGGGCAAUGAGAAAUUCACAAGGGAUCCCGCAAUGGGAGAAAAAUGCUUGCGAUGCCCCAACUUUGGGGAAAACCUUUUGGGCAAGUCAGAUCAUUCCGAACCUCAGCAAGUCUGCCGCACAGAUAAACUGUAUAAGUGCCUGGAAUGUGGGAAAUGUUUCACUCACAGUAAGAACUUCAGCACCCAUCAAAGGAUCCACACUGGCGAGAAACCUUACAAAUGCCCCGAAUGUGGUAAAAGGUACGGGGCCAGUUCAACCCUGAGUAGACAUCGGAAAAUCCACAUGGAAGAAAAGCCUUACAAAUGUCCAGACUGCGACAAGAGUUUCAGUUACAAAGCAGAUCUCAUCAAGCACCACCGUGUUCACACGGGGGAGAAACCUUACGUGUGUGGCGAGUGUGGGAAAAGUUUUAGUCAAAGCUCCAAUUUUGUGACUCACCAGAGAAGCCACACGGGGGAGAAACCUUAUGAAUGUCCUGACUGUGAAAAAAGUUUUAGUGUGAGCUCGAGCCUUAUAGAGCACCAGCGUGUCCACACAGCUGAAAAGCCCUUUUUGUGCCUGGAAUGUGGGAAAAGUUUUAAUCGCAGCUCCCAUCUCAGUGUGCACCAGAGGAUUCACACAGGGGAGAGGCCUUUUCAGUGCCCCGAUUGUGGGAAGGGCUUCACCAUUCUCUCCACCCUCAGUAAACACCAGAGAAUCCACACAGGAGAGAAACCUUAUAAGUGCCCCAAAUGUGAGCGGAGUUUUCGGGUGAGCUCCAUCCUGACCCAACAUAUUAGGACCCACACGGGAGAGAAGCCGUAUGUUUGCUCCGAGUGUGGGAGGAGCUUCAGUCAAAAAUCGCCUCUUAUUGCUCACCAGAAACUUCACAAUCGUCAGAAAACCUGGUAGGUGAGUGUGAGUCAAGCACUGGACCAGGCUUUGAGUGACCAGAUUACAAAAAAAGGAAGGCUGGGAGAGUUGACCAGUUUUAUGGGAUGAAAUUGGCAACUUAAGCCAGCAUAGGCCUUAAGGUUUCCAUUUUGCCUCUUCAUCUCCCGAGCCCCCAAAGCAUUCAGAACAGGGGAAAGUAGAACUCAUCACAACAAUGUUGCUCGUGGUCUGGAUGUAGCCCAUGGCUAUACUUUUUGCCUACAACCCAAUAACCUGCAGGCCAAAGUAAUCCUUAAAGAUGAAGGAUGAAGGCAACAGAACUGCUCAUCCAACUCCUAUUGGGCCCCUACUGGGCCCCUACUGGGGUUUCAGGUGGGGUGGGGAGAGAGAGUAAAUUGUGGUUCUUAAAUUUCCUUGACUUUCUCUUUGAUGAUGGCCUCAUCCUGGACCAAUGGGAGACAAGGGAUGGAUGUUAACUCUGCAGCCAGUGUGCAUCUCUCUUGUGAAUGAAAGGUCUUCCAUCUCCAGACAUGUAAGAGUUAUAGGGACCCCAAAGGUUUUUGCAGAGGAUGGAAAAUAUUACCUGACGUUAGAUUUCCUCCUCUGAAGGUCAACAUAAUUUUCCGCUCUUGGAGGUGAUUAGAAUUAGAACUGGGCCCCUGGAAUCUUCUCCCAUUAAACUGAAGAACUUCAAGCUAAGAAAUGGUUGAUUGUGGUAAGAGUUUGGGAAAUGGAAAAUUAUAAUCUGCUUUUCUUUUUGUCCUGUAGAAAAGUGUUGUUGGCUAAAAAUGGCAUCCUUUCUUAUUACUUUAAAGCCCAUCUACAAUCCAGCUGCUGUGUUCUUGACUGAGUCCUUGGGAUGUUAGAAGUCCAAAUUUAUUAUGCCAUGACAACCCAGGAUGAGUAGGAUAA